UUUGUUUUCUAUUUGAGAAUUAGAAUUCAUAAAAACUGGAUAGAGCGAUGGGAAAUGUCUUGACAAAAUGUUAAUUUGAAAAUUAAAUACCUAUAUGCAAAGUUUACAGAACGCUGCGGUUAUGUGGUUUAUAAAAACGAGUUAUCUCGGUUGGUAACCGCAGUGAAAAAGGAAAAAAAUUAUAUAUAAAAAUUCUUAUUAGUUUAUUGCAUAAAACAAAAGGGGAAAAUCUUAGGAUUUUAUUAAAUGUGUGCCUUUACUGGUUUAAUUAAAGGGAUUACUAUACACGUAUAUACAUAUAUGUAUAUAUAUAUAUAUAUAUACGCGUUUGUGUUCAAUACGGCAUUUUUUUUUUUUAACUUAUAUUUGUUAAACAUUACUUACGCUAUUAAGAUUAGACCGCAUGAAGCGCGCUACCUACGCGUAAUACCAAAGUGCAGUUUAUAUUCAAUAUCAUAAAAUCAACAUACUAGCAACAAAAUGAGGCCCAAUAUUAAUAAGGAUUUGCUGCCCAUAAAGGCUCAUUAUUUUCUUUUCAAUGCAGGAACCGCUCCUGUUGUACCUUUUAUGCCUACUUUAGCGAAGCAGUUGGGUUACUCUAGUAUAGUAGUGGGUACAAUGUAUACAAUAUUGGCUGUAAUCGGUAUGUUAACUAAACCGUUGGUCGGUUUCCUGUCAGAUCGAUAUCAACGCCAUCGUAUGCUUUUCAUCUCCUGCGAAAUUCUUACUGGGCUGGCGUUUUUUCUUAUCACGUUUACGCCAGGUGUACAAAAACCGUUACCUGUUGUCGAAUUGCACCAUGAAAGCACUACGACAGUGCGCUAUUGUUCCUCGGAUAAUUGCAUUAGUACCAAUUUAAAGAACCACUUUCAGAAUCAGACCCUUACUUGUAAAUUACAUUGCCAAAUUGAACCCUUUAUAUGGAACGAUAUGUGUAAAGAAUGCUUUCAAAUCAAACCAGAAAAUUGCAAUCGCAGCUCCGAGUAUGUGGAUCUCAUCAGGGAUAUAAACAUGAAUGAUAUAGGAAUGGACCAAUUAACGGACGGGAAGACUUGUAUGAUUUUCACAGUAAUACAGCCGGCUGAUGAUCUAGAAGCCUUGGAGUCAACGGAUUGCCUCGACAAUAGUACAUACUUCAAUACAACGUGUGAGCUUAAUUGUAACAAUGAAUAUUUGCAUAGUCAAUUGGCCGAAAGUCCAGUAAUAAGCAACAGCGAUGCUGUCAGUUUAUAUCAAUUUUGGUGGUUUUUCGGUAUGUUAACUAUAAGCUGGAUCGGUAUGGCCGCCGUAGUUAGUAUCGGCGAUGCCAUUUGCUUUGCCAUAUUGGGUGAACGGGGACAUUUGUAUGGUAAGCAACGUUUAUAUGGUUCAGUUGGUUGGGGUAUAUUCUCAAUUUUGGCCGGUAUCCUGGUUGAUAGUAUGUCAACUGAUACAGAAAAAGAUUAUACCGCAGUGUUUUGGAUGACUGCCAUUAUAAUGGCUUUAGAUGUAUUGGCCUCGAUAAAAUUAAAGCAUACACAAACCCAUUUAUCACCGAAUAUAUUAAAAGAUGUAGGUCAAAUGUUUUUAUCGAUGCGUUGUGUGAUAUUUUUUAUUUGGUGCGUAUUUAUCGGCCUGGGAACGGCGCUUAUUUGGAAUUUUCUAUUCUGGCAUUUGGAAAAUUUGAGUAGUUGUCAAGAUUCAAUGAAAACGCUACAGGGCUUCGUUAUGGCGAUACAGUGUUUUUGCGGUGAAUUGCCGUUUUUCUUUUCUUCUGGAUGGAUAUUGAAAAAAAUCGGCCACAUUAAUGCCAUGAGUUUGGUUUUGUUCGGUUUUGGUGUACGUUUUAUUCUGUAUUCAAUGUUACAGGAUCCGUGGUAUGUUUUGCCCAUCGAACUUUUAAAUGGUGUAACUUUUGGUCUCUUUUACGCUACAAUGGCCUCCUAUGCCAGUAUAGUGGCCCCGCCGGGCACCGAAACUACUAUGCAAGGAUUAGUUGGAGCUAUAUUUGAAGGUAUUGGCGUAUCUACUGGCAGUUUUGUCGGUGGCCUAUUAUUCGACUCAGUGGGUGGUGGACAUACUUUUGAAAUUUUCGGUGUGUCCUUUUUUAUAGCUUUCAUUGUCCAUUUCUGUAUACAGAAGUAUUUACAGCGGCAUCAGUCAGCUGAUACCGAUGAAAACUGUUGUCGAAGCCCACCAAAGACGUUCAGAAGCUUAUGGUGACGUUCCCGUCCAUCAUAUCGCGGUUGAUCAUUGUCAAUGCCAUUUUUUGACCACAUGUUGGAAGAGUUGUCCUCCGGUGUACACCGUUGCAGAUCGAAUGGGAAGUUUUGCCACAUCUAGCGUACUUGCCAGACAUGGCGGCUCCUGAUUACCACUUGCUCAAAUCCGUCCAGCAAGGCUUGGCUGGCGCGCGGGUCCGCAAAAUUGAAUAAGUGUGAAAAUGCAUCGGCGGGUGGAUCGCCUGCCAAACCAAUAGAAGUUCAUGGCCAUGUUGCCAAAAAUAUUGUAGAAAAUGUUGUAGAAAAUGAUGUACACUAGUAGAUUAGUAUAUAAUGCUCCAUAAUAAAUGCCUUUUUCAAGUGAAAAAGUGAUCAAAAUUUCUGCAAACACCUGAUAUGAUAUCAAAUUUCCUCUCCCCACCCAUCCCAUACACAUUACGUUAACAUGUUGUUAAUUGCAUCCUCAUUAUAGGAAAAUACAAUAACCGUUAAUCUAAAAUGUGUUAAUAAUUCUGUCCGUAUUUAU